GAUUUUUAGUAGCUUCGAUUCUACUGAGAUCGUUCUCCGUUAUUUGCAACGAAUCAAAUUGUCCGUGCUUUUGCAGGAAUACGUACAUACAUUUGGUAGUUUUCUACCAGUUCUUUAGAUUCCUUGUUUGCCACACAAUGAAGUUUCCAAUAAAUUGUCUGUUGGCAGCUCUACUAGCCGUGUCACAGCUGACGACGAGUGGAUAUGCCAGAAGUUUGCCACCGAAUUCCACCGAUCGCGAUUCAGCCACCAGUGAACGAGAUGAGCCAACGCACAGCCCCACCGUCCUGGGUGCCCUAGUGAACUCCACCAAGCUGGAAUCAAGCAAAGGGACCCAAGUUCCGGCAUCGAGAACAACUGCUGCCGCGAAGCACUUAAUUCGCAAGAAGAGAGUCGCCAUUGAGCUGGAUGCACCCUACGACCUGCACACAACGCACAUGUUCUGCGAUUUGGAUGUGCGCGGCAGACACCGCAUUGUCACGUACUUCCCGAAUCAUUGCAUUUGGGUGUGGAACAACAAGUACGUCCAUGAGGGUUUCUAUCAUCUCUUCAAGCAUUACCAAACCGAGGCCUUCUUCUUUGGCCAGUACAACGAACGCUUGAAGCAGUACGAGACCGUAGCCCACGUCUGGACCUCCGAUUAGGAGGAGGACUCCAUUCGGCAGCAAGUAAAAACUAAAUUAUCUGCCACCAAUUGACCCUGAAGGACUGGUGGAUCUUUGUCUUAUCUUUUGACAUAAAAGUCUCACAC